AUGGGCAAGGAACAGUUGCAGGUGCUUAAUGCACUGGACAUUGCCAAAACACAAUGGUACCAUUUUACAGCAAUUGUGAUUGCUGGAAUGGGUUUCUUCACUGAUUCUUAUGAUCUGUUCUGCAUAUCCCUUGUCACCAAAUUGCUUGGCCGCAUAUACUACACUGAAGGCCACGACAAGCCUGGCUCUCUGCCGUCGAAUGUUUCUGCUGCCAUCAAUGGUGUUGCAUUUUGUGGAACCCUUGCAGGCCAACUUUUCUUUGGGUGGCUUGGUGACAAAAUGGGAAGGAAGAAGCGUGUUUACGGGAUGACCCUUAUGCUCAUGGUCAUAAGCUCAAUUGCUUCUGGUCUUUCCUUUGGCAAAGACCCUAAAGCUGUUGUAACUACCCUUUGCUUCUUCCGUUUCUGGCUUGGAUUUGGCAUUGGUGGGGACUACCCUCUUUCAGCCACUAUCAUGUCUGAGUAUGCCAACAAGAAGACUCGUGGAGCAUUCAUAGCUGCUGUUUUUGCCAUGCAAGGUUUUGGAAUUUUGACUGGUGGCAUGGUUGCAAUCGUAGCUUCAGCUGCUUUCAAUGCCCUCUACCCUGCUCCAUCAUUCCAUAUUAAUCCACUUUUGUCCACAGUGCCACAAGCUGAUUAUGUUUGGAGGAUAAUCUUGAUGUUUGGUGCACUCCCAGCUCUGAUAACAUACUAUUGGCGCAUGAAAAUGCCUGAGACUGCAAGAUACACUGCCCUGGUUGCCAAGAAUGCCAAGCAAGCAGCAACUGAUAUGUCAAAGGUGCUGCAAGUUGAGAUAGAAGUUGAACCAGAAGAAGUUGAGCAAUUGGACACAAGAAGAGAAAGGGGGAAUGAGUUUGGCUUGUUCACAAAGCAGUUCCUUCUCCGCCAUGGACUUCACCUUGUUGGAACAACCAUUACUUGGUUCUUGUUGGACAUUGCCUACUACAGUCAGAAUCUUUUCCAGAAAGACAUUUUCAGUGCAAUUGGUUGGAUUCCAGAAGCGAAAACCAUGAAUGCCAUCCAAGAGGUUUACAAUAUUGCUAGAGCACAAACCCUUAUAGCCCUUUGCAGUACUGUCCCUGGUUACUGGUUCACAGUGGCAUUCAUUGAUAAGAUGGGCAGAUUUACUAUUCAAUUGAUGGGAUUUUUCUUUAUGACUGUCUUUAUGUUUGCCUUAGCCAUUCCAUACCACCACUGGACCAUGAACGGAAAUCAAAUUGGGUUUGUUGUCAUAUAUUCACUGACCUUCUUCUUCGCCAAUUUUGGUCCAAAUGCCACAACAUUCGUGGUGCCUGCAGAGAUUUUCCCUGCAAGGCUAAGAUCAACAUGCCAUGGCAUAUCAGCUGCAGGUGGCAAAGCUGGGGCAAUGGUAGGGGCUUUUGGCUUCCUAUAUGCUCAAAACAGCAUUGGACUUAGAAAUACACUUGUUGUUUUGGGUGUUAUUAACUUUUUGGGGUUGCUCUUUACGUUCUUGGUUCCUGAAUCUAAAGGAAAAUCCUUGGAGGAGAUCUCUGGUGAAGUUGAACAAGACAAUACUGCUACAGUAGAAUCAAUGAUUGAAACUGGUUUUGAAGUUAUAACUGUUGCCUAA